UUUAGCUGUUUGAAAACAAUGGAGAUAACACGAUAUGUUAUGAAAUCGUUGACAAAUCUCGGAAAAAUCUUUUCGACACGAUGUGUGUCAGGCAUUGCAUUUGUGCCCAGCCAACCAGACCCUUCAUUUGGUGAAACAAGCAAGAUGAAUUUAUGCCAAGCGAUCAACAACGCAAUGGACAUUGCAAUGGAAAGCGAUUCCUCCACAUGUCUUUUUGGCGAGGAUGUUGCAUUUGGUGGCGUUUUCCGAUGUACUGUUGGCUUGCAGGAGAAAUAUGGCAAGGAUCGUGUUUUCAAUACACCCAUUUGCGAGCAAGGAAUAGCUGGUUUUGGCAUCGGUUUAGCAGUCUGUGGUUCGACAGCCAUUGCAGAAAUACAGUUUGCUGAUUAUAUAUUUCCAGCUUUCGAUCAGAUUGUUAAUGAGGCGGCCAAGUAUCGGUAUAGAAGUGGAAAUUUGUUUAACUGUGGAAAAUUAACAAUAAGAGCAACGUGGGGUGCUGUUGGUCAUGGCGGUCUCUAUCAUUCUCAAAGCCCUGAAGCUUAUUUUACACAUGCGCCGGGUUUGAAGGUAGUGGUUCCACGUGGACCGAUUCAAGCGAAAGGUUUACUGCUGGCAUGCAUUCGAAACGAGAAUCCAUGUAUAUUUUUUGAACCAAAAUUGCUGUAUCGUGCAGCUGUUGAAGACGUUCCAGUCGGAGAUUACGAGACUGAGCUUGGACAAGCUGAAGUUGUUAAGGAAGGGAAAAAUGUAACAAUUGUCAGCUGGGGUACCCAACUGCAUGUUGCACUUGAUGCUGCGCAAAUGGUUGAGAAAGAAAUUGGUGUUAGUUGUGAAGUGAUUGAUUUGAGAACUAUCUUGCCAUGGGAUAUUGAUACGGUUGCGGAGAGUGUUUAUAAAACUGGUCAUCUAAUAGUAACUCAUGAAGCACCCAUAACCUCCGGAUUUGCAGCCGAAAUAUCAGCGAAAGUUCAGGAACGAUGUUUCUUGCACUUGGAGGCUCCAAUUAGUCGUGUUUGCGGCUGGGACACACCAUUUCCGCAUAUUUUCGAACCCUUUUAUCUACCGACGAAGUGGCGUGUGAUAGAAUCCAUCAAGAAAUUAAUCGAUUUUCAACAUUAAUUUUUUCUUCCGCAGAUGUUGAAAUAACGCAUAUUUUGUUAAUUGAUAAUUAAUUUGCUAUUGAAAUAAUCAUUAAUGCAAAGCUGAGGGUAAGGAGAAUUCCAAAUGUUCAAAUAAAUUCGGAA